GUUUCUUUUUCAAAUUCCUUACGCUCAACUUCUCUUCUCUACUAAAACCCUAGUCUCUCUCGAUCCAGUCCCUUGAUUUUCUCCUCGAGAUUUUUGUCACUGGAAUCAAUCAAUCAUGUCGGACCACGCUGAAAACGCCGAAUCCAAAUCGGAGUCAUUGAUCGACAAGAUAGUCGAGAAGAUUCACGAUCACAAUUCAUCUUCAUCGUCGGGAUCAGACACCGAAACCGAGGGAUCGGCAUCUUCCUCCACCUUUAAGGAGAAGGUCUUCCGUCUUUUCGGAAGGGAGAGGCCAGUUCAUCAUGUCCUCGGCGGUGGCAAACCUGCUGAUUUAUUCUUAUGGAGGAAUAAGAAGAGCUCAGCCAGUGUUCUUAGUGGAGCCACUGUCAUCUGGGUUUUCUUUGAAUUGCUUGAGUGCCAUCUGCUUACUUUUGUUUCACGCUCUCUGAUCCUCGCUCUUGGGCUCUUGUUCCUUUGGUCCAAUGCCCACACAUUUAUCUACAAGAGUCCACCCCGAAUCCCAGUUGUUCAACUUCCUGCGGACCCCUUCCUGGAGUUUGCUUCAACUUUGAGAGCGGAAAUUAAUUGUGGUUUUGCAUUAUUGCGUGACAUUGCAACUGGCAGAGAUUUGAAGAAAUUCCUCAUUGCAAUUGCUGCCUUAUGGAUUCUGUCGAUUGUGGGAAGCUGGUGCAAUUUCUUGACGUUGUUCUACAUAAACUUUGUUUUGUUGCACACGGUCCCAAUCCUGUAUGAGAAGUAUGAAGAUAAAAUCGACCCAUUAGCGGAAAAAGCACUAAUCGAGUUCAAAAAGCACUACGCUGUGUUUGAAGAGAAGGUUUUGAGCAAAAUUCCAAAAGGCCCUUUGAAAGGCAAGAAGGCUUAAACUGGCUUGGCUUGGCUGUCUUCUUCCCUCACAAAAAGCGGUAACCACAUGUUUAUUGAUCUUUCUCCUUGUCUUUUUGCUGCACUCAUAGUUAUAGUUCUUUUUAUCAUUUGGGUGUUUUUCGCAAUUUAGUGGGUUUUUUCUGCAAGUGUUCAAUUUGUAAGUUAUUUAUUAUAUGGAAACUUUUUGGAGAGAAGGUACUUUCAGUUUGUGGUAGCUAAUUAUAGCAUUGAUAGUUUCAGCUUGUUCUUUAUUUUAAAAACUGUGCAAAUUAUGUUUAAGGAAAAGUUCUCCCGAGUAAUUUGACACUUCGAUCCGUUUACUAA